GUGCAGGCUGCCAGCAGGGAGAACAGCCAGUGCUGUGUGGACUCACUGUUAGCCAUGGAGCAGGAAGAUGGAAUCAGGCAGGAGCUGGGAAGCCUCCAUGGCAUCCCCCUCUUCAAGAGUUUCAUUGAGGGCUGGCCACAGGUGAAGGCUUUCCAAGCCCGUCCAGACGACCUGCUCAUCUCCACCUACCCCAAAUCAGGCACAACAUGGCUGAGUGAGAUCAUGGACAUGAUCUACCACGAUGGCAAUGUGGAGAAGUGCCGACGGGACGCCAUCUACAACCGUGUGCCCUUCCUGGAAAUGAAGGUCUCCAAGGGUCUGAGUGGCAUUGAGCAGCUGGAGAAAACCCCAUCCCCACGGCUGGUAAAGACCCAUCUCCCGGUCCAGCUCCUCCCGACCUCCUUCUGGGAGAAGGACUGCAAGAUUAUCUACAUGGCCCGCAACCCCAAGGAUGUUGCUGUCUCCUACUACUUCUUCCACCAGAUGGCCAAGAUACACCCUGACCCUGGCACAAAGGCUGAGUUCUUGGAGAACUUCAUGGCUGGCAAAGUGGCCUAUGGGUCCUGGUACGACCACGUGCGCGGAUGGUGGGAGGAGAAGCAGAAGAAGAAGAUACUCUACCUCUUCUAUGAGGACAUGAAGAAGGACCCACGGCGGGAGGUGCAGAAGAUCUUGCAGUUUCUGGGCAAAGAGUUGGAGGAGGGAACAGUGGAGAGGAUUCUGCACCACACCUCCUUCCAGGAGAUGAAGAAGAACCCUGCUGCCAACUAUGAGACCAUGCUCCCCACCUUGAUGGAUCACAGCCUCUCCCCCUUCCUUCGGAAAGGGAUCUCUGGAGACUGGAAGAACCACUUCACUGUGGCCCAGAAUGAGCGCUUCAACCAGCACUACCAGGAGCACAUGGCAGGUUCUGACCUCCACUUCCAGAUGGAAGUGUGAGAGGCUCAUCUCCCUUCCCAGGAGGACUGUGAUUCUCCUUGCUGUCCCAGUGGGGAGGGUGGAUCCAGAUGAAGAUUCUUGCACUAAUUCACUUUCUCCCCUGCA